GCAAAAGUGAUUUUCCGCAGCUUAAGCGACGCAGCGCUCCAGAAACGCCCAGCAGAACUAUAAAUUUAACGCUUCAAAGGUGUAUCAUUUGGGCAAGGAUACACACAAGCGCAGCAUUUGCGAAUCGCGUGCCCGAUGCUAGCUGCAAGGAAAACUAAACGCAGGUGUGCAACAAUGAGCACAUUUUCCUCAAAAUCAACAACAAUGCAUGCCUGCGGCUAAAUAACCUACAACCACAUUCACAAACACACACACACACAUUUGUGAGUGAGCGCGACGUAGGAGGCAGGAGGACUUCCAGGCGCGAGUAUAAAAACGCGCAGCAUGCGAAUUAUGCUCAUCAUUUGCAUAUUAGCCGCUAACGAGUAUUUUUCAGUCAACAAUUAUUGCGCUUCACAUACAAUAUUACUUUUACUUAACGGUAUUAAGUGUUUUCAUUUAAUCAAAAGGCAUCUGCUCACUUUUGGAGUAAAUUAAGGCUGGAACAAAAGAUUUGUUGCAUUGCGUCGAUAUAAAAUAGAAAAUAAUAAUAAAAUGUCUACUUUAAUUUUGCGCAACUCUAACUCCAACAACUACAAUAAUAAUGCCAACAACAGCUGCGAUAAAGCCAAUACAUCAGUCCACUAUCAACUUUUCAUGCAUAAGGAGGAAUUGCGCCGACGCGAAGCCGACCAAGUGCGCAUCGCCAAAUCUAAAAUCAAUCUCACUCAAUCGCAUAUCAAAGAUAACAUGGAAAGAGUAACUGACAGCGACGCCGGCCAAAUACGCAUUGCCAAAUCAAAAAUCAAUCUUACCGAAUCGCUAAUCAAAGACAACAUGGAAAAUGUAACGGAUUGCAGCAUGGAGACCCUGGAAAUCAUCCACCGCGAAAUGUCCUUCCAGAAGCAUUUGCAAUCGCAGUUAGUACGCUUUGUGCUGCUUGUCAAAAUGGGCUUUAUGCGGAGCAUCGGAAAUGGUCCCACAACGUCAAAGAAGAGAGUGCAUCCAAAGGAGAAGCAAAGACGCUGACUUGACUUGUCUAUUAAAUUUUGUUAACUUAUUUUGUAAAAUGUAAUGUUAUUGUAUGUGAACGAAUGUAUUUAAGUUAGUUGGCUAAGUAUUUGUGUUAUUAAUUGUGCAGUUAUUUAAAAUUAAGAAAAUUUGAAAUAAAAAUUUUCAAAAACAAAACAAAAA